GGCCCAGGGGGGUGCUCGGGGGGUCGCAGCCGCGGAGGCCCCCCCGCCCCGCCGCGGUUUCCCCGCGCACCGUGGACCUGCGGAGCGACACGGUAACCCGGCCGUGCGCGGGGAUGCGCCGCGCCAUGGCCCGCGCCGUCGUGGGCGACGACGACUACGGGGAGGACCCGACGGUGAACGAGCUGCAACGCCGGGCCGCGGGGACCCUGGGGACGGAGGCGGCUCUGUUCGUGCCCACGGCCACCAUGGCCAACCUUAUUGCUGUGAUGUGCCACUGCCAGCAGAGGGGGACUCAGCUGUUCCUGGGUCAGAACGCCCACCUGCACCUCUAUGAGCAUGGUGGGGCCGCACAGGUUGCUGGUGUCCAUUCCCAAGCCCUGCCAGAUCUGCCAGACGGCACCUUCGACCUGGACCAGCUGGAGCUGACCGUCCGCGAGGCCCACGGCAGCCGGUACCACCCACGCCCUCAGCUCAUCUGCCUGGAGAACACGCACAGCUCGGCAGGAGGCCGGGUGCUGCCCCUCACCUACCUCAGGCAGGUCCGUGAGCUCGCUGACCACUAUGGGCUGCAGGUGCACAUGGAUGGCGCACGGCUGAUGAAUGCGGCGGUGGCCCAGGGCGUGGAGCCUGCUCAGAUCACCCAGCACUGUGACUCUGUGUCCCUCUGCUUCUCCAAGGGCCUGGGCGCCCCGGCUGGCGCGGUGCUGGCGGGGCGCAGGGAGUUCAUCGCCGAGGCCUGGCGCACGCGGAAGCUGCUGGGCGGGGGGAUGCGGCAGGCGGGAGUGCUGGCGGCCGCUGCCCUCCUCGGGCUGCGGCACGCGGAGGCCACGCUGCACAGAGACCACGACAAUGCCCGGCGCUUUGCAGAAGGCAUCCACGUGCUGGACUUGCCUCUCUGCUCUGUUAACCUGGCAGCAGUGGAGACCAACAUCGUGAUGGUAAAUGUCCGGGGGGCCUGGCCAUCCCCCGCCGAGCUCUGCGAUCACCUGCGUGCCACCAGCGAAGAGGAGGUGGCUGAGACUGGGCAGGCUGUCAGCGUCCUGCUGCUCCCCUGGUCGGCACACACCGUGCGCGCCGUCUGGCACCGCGACAUCUCGGCCCACGACACUGAGCUCGCAAGGAGCAAGCUGGAGUUUGUUGCCAGGAAGUGUCAGGAGAAGCUGGCCCUGGGACUGCAUCCAACUCCUUUGGGCACAGGGGGAGCCUGAGCAUCCUCCCAGCUUCCCCCCCAGCUGAAGCAGGUAGGCCAGCCCACAGUGCAGGGGCUGGGACCAGCCCCUGUGUGCUCCAGGUGUGUUCCCAGCUGACUGCAACACAUCAUCUGUCCCCACAGGCAGACUGACAAACCAGGGUGAGCCCAGCCUGGGGGAGACCCCAGACCUUGGGGUGGUCAGUGCACAAAAUAAAUGUUUUCUGGCAGUA